GAUAUUCUCCCACAAUGUGCUGGAUACACAGGAUUUGUUUUGCUGGAGUUGAACUAUCAUUGUUAAAGUAUGUGUCUGAUGCAAUCACGGCUGAUAGACCUAUUAGAUGGAGAAUCAAAUGUGAAUGGUGUUAAUUGUCUACGUAUGUUGUGUCAUGUCUGAUAAAGAGCUCUACUACUACAACUUGUGCUAAGAUAACAUCGCAACAGAGUAAAUUCAGCUUUUGUGUGUGAGUUGGUGUGUGGCCUGUGAACACUCGUCAAUGCUGCUGAUCAGUUCCCCGCGGCGCUGAGUGGCUCGAUGGGGCUGAAGGGCGCUGUGUCCUCUGUGAUGGAGGCGUAUAAAUGCGGGAGCCUCCGGUCUCUGCUGCCUGCUGCCUGCUGGAGUGGGGAUGAAGAGCAGCUUACGCAGAAGCAAGAAGGAGAGGCUUUGUACGCUGAUUAAAGGUACCACAGGUGAGGCCCUGAAAGAGAGGAGGUUGAGGCCCUUUGUAGACGGAGGGUCCUGGUGGUGUGUGUUUGUGAUGCAACUUUUGUGUUCCACUUUUCUAAAGGCAAGACUGGGUUUUGUGUUGUUGCAAUGGCAAAUGCUGUUUCUCUACACGCUGCAGUUGUGAUUUUAGCAAGACAUUACGUCUGAUUUUGUUGAAGCCUCGGUUCUCUCAGUCAGCUCGGUCUAACAAGCUUUUUGACACCAAAACCAAGCAAAAAGGAAGAAAUUGGAUGAUGACCUUGUUAGCAUUCCUGCUCCAUAGUUGUCAAAGCGUUACAGUCGACCAUCUCUCCUAUGUAGGUCACAGUAUCCACCAUGUUGGACAUUGAUCUCCGUGCUUUGGUUGUCACACAGGAAAGCAGGUCACCGAUUUCCUAAACUGCGAAACUAUCAAUUUCUCCUAUGCCCUAAAGCUCUAAAUCCCAGAAAUAUUAAAACUGUAGGCCAUGGCAUGAGAAGCUUUUUUUAAAACUUUUGAUUGAACAGUGAUGGAGGGAUAUCAAAACAUUAAAUAGGAAAAGAUUUGUCAAAAAUUUGUGUCAGUACUUUCCAGUGGGUAUAUUAACGUGAAAGGGAAUAAAGCAAAUCCGCAGUGGCUCUUAAACAUGAAUGAGUGUCUUAGUGUGUGUUUUACUUUGGUGUUUGUUUGGUGAAUGUUCAUCAAACUUUCAAUGACUCUCUGCAUUAUGUAACUGCAGCUGGCACAGAUACUCUUAUCUGCUGGCACUGACAUCGGCUGGACAUUUUUGAUGGUGCCUGAAACACUGAAUAGAGCGAUAUCAGAGGAACAAGGCGGUGCUGGAAUAUAUUAUAUUGGGACACUGUGGAAACAACUGCCCUCAAAAUGCCAUUAUGCAUCGCUCAAUCAUGUCUCUGGUUACUCAACCAAACAGUCACCUUAUGUGCCCUGCAUUCAUACCAUUUACCGCAGGAAAUGGUAUGUUGUUGUUUCAUUUGUCCUUACUUUUACCUUUUUUAAUUAUUAUUUAUUAUUUAAUUCUCAUCUUCUUUCUUGUCUUCAUUUGUCUUGCCUGAACACAUUCCCUCCUCUUGUCGUACCGCUCCCGGCUCUUGCACCACUUGCACCUCAUUUCCUCAUGGUGGACUCUCUGGGGUCCUGCUUCUUCCUCUCCUGACAUGAACCCACCCGCCUGUUCUUUAUCCCGAUUAAACCCCUCCAUGUGUGCUCCCUUCUGGUUGGAGAUUGCAGAGUGUACUAUAGCCCCAGUUGCAAUGGAGGACAGUGACCACGAGGCUCACUCUUCAUCAGACGAGCAGGACUCCUGCCCUGACUCCCCUAAUCAAAGCAGGGACCAUGAUGCUGAACAGCAUUCAAGCCAUUCAGACGACUCAGAGGUGGAGAACAUUAUGCAAGACCCUCACCACCAAGGAGGGCACCAUGACCACAAGCACCACCACCACCAUGGCGUUGAGCCUCACGAUGCAGACAGGGAAGAUGAGGGCGAAGACCGCCCCCACACCCCGUCGUAUUUGCGCCCUCCUGUGGCGGGUAGGGCGCAGUCGGAUUCAGGUUCAGAGCCCAGUUUACUGCAGAGCAGAUGCGUGGAGUUUGACUUGUCCCCUAUCAGCCCCACCAGGCCCAAGAGUCCCUGGGGUCGAUUUGACCCAUACAACAAUAAUGAGGACCAGGACAAGGAGUACGUGGGUUUUGCGACGCUGCCAAACCAGGUACACCGCAAGUCAGUGAAGAAGGGAUUUGACUUCACGCUCAUGGUGGCAGGGGAGUCCGGCCUGGGAAAGUCCACCCUGGUCAACAGCCUGUUUCUCACAGAUCUUUACAAAGAUAGGAAGCUGCUCAAUGCUGAAGAGCGAAUCACACAAACAGUAGAAAUCACCAAACACACAGUGGAUAUAGAAGAGAAAGGCGUCAAACUGAAGCUCACCAUCGUGGACACCCCUGGGUUUGGGGAUGCCGUGAACAACACCGAAUGCUGGAAGUCAGUGGCUGACUACAUCGACCAGCAGUUUGAGCAGUACUUCAGGGACGAGAGUGGCCUCAACCGCAAGAACAUUCAGGACAACCGCGUACACUGCUGCCUCUAUUUCAUCUCACCCUUCGGUCAUGGCCUCCGGCCUUUGGAUGUGGAGUUUAUGAAAGCUCUGCAUGAGAAGGUUAACAUCGUCCCCAUCUUGGCCAAAGCAGACACACUCACCCCCAGUGAGGUCAAGAAAAAGAAAAUCAAGAUCCGAGAGGAGAUUGAGCAGUAUGGGAUCAAGAUAUACCAGUUCCCUGACUGUGACUCUGACGAGGAUGAGGACUUUAAGCAGCAGGACACUGAGCUGAAGGAAAGCAUUCCCUUUGCAGUGAUUGGCAGCAACACAGUGGUGGAGGCCAAGGGGAAGAGGGUGCGAGGCCGUCUCUACCCCUGGGGCAUUGUAGAGGUGGAGAACUCGGCACACUGUGAUUUCGUGAAGCUUAGGAACAUGCUCGUCCGCACUCACAUGCAAGAUCUGAAGGACGUGACCCGGGAGACUCACUACGAGAACUACAGGGCCCACUGCAUCCAGAGCAUGACCCGCAUGGUUGUGAAGGAACGCAACCGCAAUAAACUAACCAGGGAGAGCGGCACAGACUUCCCCAUCCCCGUGGUGCCAACAGUGGCAGACAACGAGACAGAAAAACUCAUCCGAGAGAAAGACGAGGAGUUGCGGCGGAUGCAGGAAAUGCUGCAGAGGAUCCAAGACCAGAUGCACACUCAGAAAGACGCCUAUUAACGCAGGACAGCGAUCACACUGUGUACAUGUCUCUCUUGCUAACUGGGAUAAAAGAAAAAAACAAAACACACCCAGGAAGCCUUUAUUCCUCUCUAGAACACUGACGUCCCCCACGUGUCCACCCAACCACCUCUCCACCUCAUCAACAGCAGCAUGUUACACUUGGAUCAGGGACCAGCGAGGAGGUGGUAAGAUGUUCUGACAUUUGCGCCCUUUAUUCCUCUGACGUUAUGACACCACUGCGGCAAAACACUCGACCCUCCACUCUACUGUUUUCUGUUCUGUCAAGUUUAAAAUGAUUAAAAAAGCAUUGUUGUUUGUUUGAAUAAAUCGUCUCUAGUUUGAGGGUUUGUUUAGUCGAUGAGUGAUUUUUAAAUAUCUGAACUUUGUUCAGUGACAUGCUCCCCAGGAUGUGUAAUUUUAUUUUUACAUACGGUAAAAAUAUGAGGUUUACAUGUGGUGACCUGCUCAGAUUUUUUUAAAACACAUUUUUCUGUUGCAAGUGUUUAUUUUUAUUAUCUCUAUAGGUCAACAUGCAUAUAUACUGUAAUAAUUUAAUUUUUAUAUAUCCCACUCAUAAACAUUUGUUCUGCUUAUUUUCAUCUUUUAUGUGCUCCUGGUUUUAUUUAACUACUCUGCUUGACAUUGUGUAUGGAUGGCUGUGUCAUGUUGAUUUCCCUUUAGAUGAGGUUGGUUCAUUUGAUUUCAUCUUUGUGUGAGGAUUCAUUUAAAUGUGCAUGUUCAUCAUAGUUGCCACCUCUGCUGCCUGACAGCAUGGAUGUUAGUGGCUUUGCUCACUUACUGAUUGCCAAAUAUCAACAUUUAAAAUAAUCUACUUUUUACAUGACAAAGAAGUCCGUUAUUGUUUGGAGAAUUCCCCAAAACAGAGUUGUUUCAGAAUCUCGUGAAAACUGAUCAAGACAGAACCAUCAACAGUUCACUUGUGAGAGCUGAUGUGAGAAUGCCUGUUAGUCCUGACGAAGACUUUGAUUAGACAAGACCCUUCAUUUGCAUGAGUGUCCAAGGGGAGGGUCACAUCAAAGGCUGUGCAGUGUAUUUAUUUUUGCAUGUGUUUUGUAAAGGUUACUCAGAUUGCAGAUCAAUGACGUGGUCAAAAGGUUAUUUAUGGGCAAUGAAAAUAUAUUAAGAAGUGGUUUUUUAAAUUUUUAUUUGGGCAGGUUAUCAUGAUUUCCUCAUUUUAAGGGAAGUUGGAUGUGUGCUAACCUUAAUGUUUAUAACCAAAGCCAACAAUGACAAACUUAACUGUCCUAAAUUUUGAGUUUUCCUUUUCUGAAAGUGUGAAUUUUGUUUUGUGUUGACAUGAAAAAAGUGUCACAGCUAAGAGUAAUGAUCAAAAAUAUCUGAAUGAACUUUCAUUUUCUUGCUAAUGGUUUCUAUGUUACAAGUAGACAUCCAUGGAAGUUAAAUGACUGCCAUGUUGUGUACCUUUAUGUAAAAAAAAGAAAAAAAGGAAAAAUUACAUUCCUCCAGCUUCUGUCCCAAAAUCAGGUGUUACUUUGUUUCUGAAUUUGUUUUAUAUUAAAUGUGUCUUUUGUUUAUUCUACUUUUUGAAGUAUAUUUAUGUAAUAAAUUUAUAAAUGAAAUGCAGAUGGAUAGGACAAUAUGUAAAAAUUCUAACAUUGUAAUAAAAUAUGAAUAUAAUUCA